GCACGUAGAACUCAGAAGCUAACUACAGAUCGAUUUCCGAAACAUAGUUUGUCUCUUCUUUCCGAUAAGUAAAUUGACGAUCGAUCGAGGAUAAGAUCAGAGAAUCAAGACCCCAAGUCCACCGUUUACCAGCUCUCCCACUUCCACAGAUCUAGAGCAUAUGGCAGCUACGGCGGCCUUCUCCAGUGCUAUCGUGCUUAAACUUUUAACCACAAAUAACUAUGAAGAUUGGAGUUUUCGGGUCAAAACCUAUUUGCUGGCCAAGGGUCUUUGGAAGGUGGUCGAAUCCGCCAUGGAACCUCCUAGAGUAGAAGAUGGUGAGGCCGAAUUUGAGGCUUGGAGUGAGAAGAACGCAGAGGCUUUGCAUGCUAUUCAUAUUACUUGCGGGGAAGAUAUCUUUCCUUUUAUCCGGGGAAUCGACACAGCUAAAGCUGCCUGGAAUACUUUGGAAAAGAAAUUGAAGCCGGCUGGACUACCAAAAACAGAAGAUGCGAGAUCUGAGCAUCAGUCCCCAAUGGAUGGUGAACUACAGCUAAAAGACCUCAAACCAGAACCAGUAAUAGAAGGGCAAUCGAUUUGGGCAGGAUGCAACAACAAUGCCAGUUCCACCACCAAUGAUCUUGACCGCGGCUCCUAUCAACAUUUCUUCGAUUGUGUGGAAUAUUAUUGGAGGCGUAACAACGAAGGUGAUGCCCUCGAGUUUCUUAAAGAGUAUCCACACCCAAUAAGAGAACUAAGACAUCCAUCAUCCGACAUUCCAGCUCUUCACUUCGCAAUGAUGAACGAUAAUUCGACUAUUGUAGAUGAGUUGGUGCGAAUAAUGACAGAGGACGACUUGGAAGAAAUAUUGGAUCCUUCUGGUCGUACAGCUAUUUGUUGUGCUAUUGAAAAUCCUUAUACAGUUGCACUGGAAACUGUAAAAGUCAUGAUUGAAAAGAACAAGAAGUUACUUAGCAUUGUUGAUCCUUCCACCAAUAUGAUCCCGCUUGUCAUGGCUCAUGGAGCUACAUGGUACAGUGUUGACGUGGUUAAGUAUCUGAAUUCUGUCACUCCACUCGAAACUCUCAAUGCUCACCAAGCAGCCCAAAUUAUUUCUCAAGCUUUUCUUCUUAAAAGAUUCGGUAAGUAA